UGAGAAUCAACAUGGCUCGCUUCCACAGAUUUCGCUAGCCAUUUUAGUCAAUAGAAAAAUGCAAAUUUCUGCGAAUUUGAGUUGUCUACUCGAAUUCCAAAUGACUCGGCUACUACAGCUAGUACUGUAUCUACAUACAGAAGCUGCUCUUCCAGGUGUCUUGCAUCUCCGUUAACGAGCUAGCUAGAUAACGUUAGCUGAGUCUGCCUUCCAGAAUUAACCUUGUUUAGUUAUCUAGCUUGAUUCGCCUGCCUACAGUCUUCACAGUGCUUGUUUUGUAAGCAGGGGGUAAGGACGCAACGAUGCUGGACUCUGUGAGGAAUGCUUUCCACGCCCAGCUAGCCACCGUCAUGGACUCUCUGCUGGCGGCAGCGGUGUGUGAGAUAGCAAAGAUCUUCGAGAGCAGUCUGUGUGAGCAGCAGGAAGAGCUAAUGCAGAGAGGAGAGAAGAUCACAGCCCUGAGGGAGAGGCUGGAGCAGGCAGAGAGGAGGUUGAAGAAGGAAGGAGAUGGAGGAGAUGGCCUACUAGAUGUGAUAGAAGGACCAGAAAGGAAAAUAUUAGAUGACAGCCCUAGGCAGCAGUCUGAACCUAGAGCUGGUUCAAGCUGGGAGUCGGAUGUCGCCACCUCUGAGACCUCCCCACUGGUCCAGGACAGGGGGUGUAAGAAGCCCCCCAGGAUGAAAAAGGAGGAGACAGAGCUGGAGGGGACUUCCAUCAAAGAAGAGCUUAAACAUUGCCCUCUUCCACAGUUUGAAGAGCCCCACCCUGCCCAUGUGGAGGGGAAGGGCCAAGGGCCAGGGGGGAGCUGUGCUGCUGGGGGCCAGAGGCUGGGAGACCCCCUGUCUGACACACCAGGGACCAAGGCAAAGUUAUCCCAUUGGGAGGGAGACCAUAGACCUCUUCAGAGCCAGAGCUCCACUUCCUUCUUCCAAGAUCCCCGGGUUGGAAAUGUUUCCCCCAGACCCGACCACAGGUCUCCUGGGCUUGACCCCUGGGCGAGUGGGGUUCCUCUAGAUCUUCAGGAUCCCAGCUUCCUGGACCAGAGCCCAGACCAGGUACUAGAGCAGAGAGAGCCCCGACAGUCACAGGACCAAACCAACCAAUCCCAGAUAGGCCUGAGACCAAGAGACGACAGAGGGAGGGGCCUAGUUCAUCAGAACCGCUGGUCAUUGGCUUCCAAGGACCCAAUCAGACCACACCCCAACACACACACACACGCUCACAAACAUGCACACGGUCACGCACACACACUUGGCGGGGCAAGACCCUACACCUGCCCGUACUGCGGCAAGAGCUUCAGCUACCCAUCCCACCAGCGCAGGCACCUGCUGCGCCACACGGGGGUGAGGAUGUACCCCUGCUUGGUGUGUGACAAGAGCUUCCUGACUCCGUCAGAGCUCACGGUGCACACCCGCGUCCACACAGGGGAGAGGCCAUUUGGCUGCACCCAGUGUGGGAAGCGUUUUGCCCGCAGCGGGAACCUCCGGGCCCACCAGAGAGACGUCCACCUGGGGAAGAGACCCUUCGUCUGCCAGGAGUGUGGCAAGAGGUUUGCCCACAGGGGCAACCUGAGGGUGCACCACCAGAGGGUACACCAGGGCCUGCCAUACCAUGAGGAUGAGUACGACCAGGAUGGCAACGCUCUCCCCUCUACUGGGAAUGACUUUACCUGUCGAGAGACAAUGUUGAAGAGACAGGAAAUUGAGAGACAGAGAAAGAAAAGCAGCACUCCCUACAAAGAGGAAGAGAGGGGGUUACAUCAUUUCAAAGGUUGGCCUGCCCGUAGUUGUUUUUAUACUGAGAGGAACGGUGCUUCAUUUUCUUUUUGCCCUUUAGUUACUGUACAUGGUUGUGUAUGUUAGCAAAAGUGAUACAAGUAGAAGCUGAUUAUGUUUCAUACGAUAGCAUAACAUUCCCUAUUUUGUCUCAAUGCUGUUCAUCCUCCAUGUGUACUGUUCAUAUAAAGUAAUUAACCUAAAUAAAACAAGGUGUAUUCAUGGUCAAUCUUACAAUGAUGAAACAGUAUCUUAUUUCUGA